AUGCCAUUCUUUAGCCAAACUAAGUCCCAGUGGUCGGGAGUGGCCCUCGCGGCUCUCCUCGGCGCCAGCUGUGUUGCCGACGCCUACGUGAUUCCUCGCCAGAUUCUUCCCUCUCAGUUGCUGAAGAGCUAUGAUUAUGUUAUCGUCGGAGGUGGAACUGCGGGCUUGACUGUGGCAGACCGUCUGACCGAGGACCCUGCUAUCAAUGUCUUGGUUCUCGAGGCCGGUGACUGGGGCAACAUGACUGACAACCUUGUGGUUUCCAUCUCGACUCGAACUUCAGCUUUCACCGACUUGUUGUGGCCCGGAGUUCAGUCUGUACCGCAGCCCGGCCUGAAUGGAAGGACCGGCAACGUCUUCAUCGCCAAGCAGGUCGGCGGCGGUGCGUCCGUGAACGCCAUGAUGAACAUGCGAGGAAAUGCGGAGGACUACGACCGCUGGGCUAGCCUUUUCGGAUCCGAGGCGGCGCAGGGAACUGCCGACUGGAGUUGGAAUGGCAUCUUGCCGUUCUUCAAGAAGGGCCUCCACUUCACUCAGCCGCCUCCCGAGCUGACCGACAACUUCGACAGCGUCAAGUAUGACGCAUCCUACUGGGGCGACUCCUCGGAGAUCUACGCAGGAUGGCCUCGCUACUACUACCCGGGCGUGACCCCCCUGGUUGAAGCUUUCAAGGAGAUCGACGGCGUUGAGUUCCCGGCCGACAGUGGUGCCGGACAACCCGGCGUCUUCUGGUUCCCCACGCUCAUGGACCCUCGCACUGUCACCCGUUCCUAUGCCGGUACCGGCCACUACCUCAACGUCAACGCCACCCGUCCCAACUACCACCUCCUAGUCAACACCCUGGCUCGCAAGUUGGUGUUGGACGAUCAGCUGUCCGUCACCGGUGUUGAGUUCCCGGCUGGAAACAACACAUUGAUCACCGUCAAUGCAAAGAAGGAGGUCAUUCUCUCUGCUGGUACCAUCCACACCCCUCAGCUCUUGCAGCUUAGCGGUAUCGGUCCCAAGAAUGUUCUCGAGGAGGGUGGCAUCGAUGUGCGUGUCGAUCUGCCCGGUGUCGGCCAGAACUUCCAGGACCACAGCAGUCUGUCUCAGAUGAACAUCACGCUCACUAAGCUCGCUUCCAUUCACCCUAACCCAACAGACUUGGUGGAAGGAAACGAAUUCAAGGCCUGGGCCGACGAAGUCUGGCAAGCCAACAAGACCGGCCCCCUGAUGUUUCGUUACUCAUACCAAACAGGCCCCUACUCUAUUGCACUGACCAACUUGGCUGGCUGGCUCCCCUUCACCGUCAUCUCGAACAAGGCUGAUGAGCUUGCCACCAAGCUGGAGCAACAAGACUUUGCCAGCCUGUUGCCGGCCGGCACCGCUGCCACCGUCGUCGCCGGAUUCGCAGCGCAGAUGAAGCUUCUGGCCGCCCAGAUGCGCUCCAAGCACUCGUCAUUCACCCGCCUUCAGCUCAUCGCCAACCACGGCGCCCAGGGCCCUGUCGCGAUGCAGUCCUUCAGCCGCGGUACCGUCAACAUCAACACUGCCGACCCGUGGAACACGGAGCCCGUCAUCGACUACCGCGCCUUGUCUAACCCCCUCGAGGCCGACUUCUUCGUCGAGUCCAUCAAGUUCCUCCGUCGCUACAACUUCGAGACCUCGCUGGCCACUGAGUUCGAGCCCGUCGAGUACGCCCCCGGCCCUGACGUCACCUCGGACGAAGACCUCAAGGCCUACAUUGCCGGGGCCAUGUCGCCCACUGACUACCACCCCGUCGGCACGGCGUCCAUGCUUCCUUUGGAACUGGGCGGUGUUGUCGACCAAACUCUCCGAGUCUACGGAGUGAAGAACCUGAGAGUCGUUGACGCUAGUGUCAUGCCCAUGGUUCCCGGAGCCAACACGUGCCAGCCUACCUACGCUCUGGCCGAGAAGGCCGCGGAAAUCAUCAAGCAAGGCAUUUAA